CUUAAAUCAUCAAACCAAACCAGAUUUUGCUUUCUGUGUUCAGUUCUCCUAAGGUGACCUGAACAGGCAGUGCUGCUCUCCAGGAGCAGUGAGCUGGAAGCAAAGUCAGCAGCUGACAGAUGCCAUCUAUUACCUUGACAGAGAAUAACCCCGGAGGGCUGGGAAGAGUCAAGACAAUGUGUGCAACGAUGCUGAAGAUAUUUUCAAUUCUUGCCGUCCUCGCAGGCCACGUUGGCAGUGUUGUGGUGACUGUCCCUGAGAAGACAGUGAAUGUCACUACAGGUGGAAACGCCACCCUCCUCUGCACGUACACGAGUUCUGCACCGCUGGGAAACUUCUUCAUUCAGUGGAGCUUUUACAGUGCCAAAGAGAGCCAGCUGCACACUAUCUAUUAUUAUUCAGGAGGCCAGUCUUACUCCUAUGGAGCAUUUAAGAACAGGAUAACAGCUGCAACAGGUCCAGGGAAUGCAUCAAUAACAAUCUCCAACAUGCAGCCCUCAGACACUGGUUCCUACACCUGUGAAGUUUUCAGCCCUCAGGGCGAUGCUGGACAGAGUCAAAAAUCUGUGAUUGUCAGUGUGCUGGUCAAACCAUCAACACCUUUCUGCAAAGUAGAAGGAACACCUGAAAAAGGGCAUCUGAUCUACCUCCUGUGCAGAUGUGAAGAGGGAUUGCCUCAUCCCACCUACCGCUGGUACAAAGUCGAGGAGAACACCCUCAAGCCUGUGACUGAACAAUUUAAUCCAAACAGUGGCAUUCUUUACAUUGGCAAUCUCACCACCUUUGAAACUGGCUAUUACCGGUGCGUAGCCAGCAACGUCCUGGGCAACAGCACCUGUGAGCUUGACCUAACAGCAAAACAUUCAGACAGUGCUAUUGUUGCUGGAGCAUUAAUUGGAGCGAUCCUGGCAGCUGCUAUCAUUUGCAUUAUCGUCUGGGUCUUAACUAAGAAGGCAAAAAAUAGGAAGUCUCCAAAUAAUGAGAUGCAAGAAAUGGCUCAGAAACAAUCCAAUGCAGACUAUGUUCAGGUACCUAAUGAAGAAAACAUUCCUGCGACCACAGUUCCAUCGAGCAAUGCAACAAUGGAAUACCCGAGUGUUGAUGAAACAACAGCCCCUGGAACACCUGAAAACAAUGAGAAGCAAGAAGCAGAAAAAGAAGAAACAGCCUAGAGUUUUAUUAGUUUUCCUUGUCACCUUUGGACCCCUUUAUACAAAAAUUGUUGUCACUGAAUUAACAUAGAAGUGUGACUAAAUCUUAAAUGGGCAUUUGCAUUGUGAACCACUGGGCUAGAGAUUGAAAAGGGUCUGUUACAUGUGAAUAGCAGAAGACUUGGCCUUUAAAGUUAACCAAAUUUCUUUUAUUAUCUAGUUAUAACUGUAGAAAAAUAUAAGCAUAAAAAGACUAUCAUCCACAUUAUCCAACCUAUUUUGCAAAACUAAUUAGGAAAUUGUCAAAGUAAGAGCUUUCCAGUCAACUACCAGUCAUGCUGUGUGUAUCCACACAGUUCUGAACCACAGCAGUCUUCUCCAGAAACAGUUUUGGCAAACUUAUUCCCUGUGUACCAAGAACAAUCCUCAUGGUCAGUACAUUGCAGUGUUUAAAGGAACUGAUUCUGUAUGUCAGAAGUAAAAAGAAGUUACAUCAAUGUCAUCAGAUUGCAGAAACAGAUGUUGAGACCUGGGCCAAUGAAAUCUUGUGUGUCUGAAUUCUACUUAAAUUGAAAAAAGAAACAACCAAAAAAACAAAAGAUCCUGGACACUUUUACCCUGUUGCUGCCUGACACGGAAUACAUUUUGUUAACAGUGACAUCCUUGGCUCAAAGUUCCCAAGGCACCAGCAUUCCAGAGUUGUGUGUCUCAGCAGUUCCGGUCUUCAGUUUAAUAGAACUGGCAUUCAGGUACCCAGUUCAGACAUCAAAUGACUGUUUUCCACAGAACAGGAGCUGGAAAUCUAAAUCCCUUGCAAGGCUUGUUCCAAUAGGCAGGCACAACAUCAGAUUCCUCAUGACAUGCAAUACAGCUGCUUUCAAAACUUAGAAGUAACACUCUCUACUAUACAGCACAUGAGUUUUGAUUGCUUCCUCUGCCUGAGAUGAUUUAAAUCUAUUUCCAGGCACCUGUUCUACCUACUGAGCAACAAACUCAUGCUACUUUUCCUCUGAUUCUUUAGCCCAGUGUAACAGCCUGUUUUCUGUAGGUGAAAGCAUCAAGAGGAAAGGUCAAUAGUGCAAAGCACACUGAUAGCCAACAGUCGAGUAAUGACCACUCUCUUGAGUGGCUGGAAGGAGAAAAAGGAACUGAACCACACACAUGUUGAUCACUAGACACCUCUUCUCUCUGAGCCUCAUUUCUGAGGUUACACAAACUCAGUUUUUCAAAAAGUUUUUUCCAAAGAUACCUACUUUCAGAAGAGCUCAGAGACCACGGGGCUCAGGUGAAUACAGACCCACAGCCUCAGUAGCUCUGUUUGGAACUACACGAGGCAGGUCCUCGCUGACUCAGGGAAACACUGGCUUCAGUCUCAUGCACUGCACAAAAAUGUAUCUGGCUCAGGGAUCUGGAACUUUUUGGCACUUAAAUCUUUUAUAGGACCUAAUAUGCAUAAAUCCCUUGUGACUGUUCCUACCCUGUAAACAUUAGACAUAUGCAACAUUCAUCUUUAAUUUCUGGGCUAACAUUUUCAGGUUCAGUUCCUACAGCUCUAAAUAUGUUUAUCAAAAAAGUGAGCACCAAAAAAACCCCCCAAAACCCAAAAACAACCAAAAAAGAAAAAAGGAAAAACAGGGGGGAAAAAAUAGAAAAAAACGUGGUAACAUUUAAAGAAGAUGUAAAUGAAGUCCUACUUAAGAGUCAUUUGGGAUCUUCAAGCAUAACUGUAUUCAUUGUCCUUUCCAACACAGUUUUCUGGCUUUCAAAUAUUUAUCUUUGUUAUGUGUGUUGUAGUGUUUAGCUUCAUUCCAGAGUAAAAGGACACUUAUGGUGUUCUUAUACAAUAUUAACUAAAAACUGCUUGUGCCAGACUGUGAGGGUCAAACCCUUGCUAAUACCAACACUGCCAUACUUUACUGGUGGAUCCUCACAUUCUUCUCUUCCCUAAAUAUCCAGGGUAAACCUUAAGUCAUGAUCUCCUUAGUCAGGCAGCCCUUGUUGACUUUUGUGGCAACUGUGCCAAGCAAAAUCCGUAACUCAUGUCCUUCAAUCUGGGUUGAGCAGCUUACUGAGAAAGUCUGAUAUUGACACCCAAAGUUGUGUCAACAUGCAGAAUGAUGACAUUAAACACACUCAGAAACAGCAAGAGGGAGACCACCUACUCCUGUUUGGGUGCUAUUUCUUACCAAAGGUGUUUCCCCUUAUUUGUUUCAAAUCAAUUAUUAGUCUGAGGGAGCCCUUGACUUGGCUGACAGCAGCAAUAAUUUAAAAUAAUUUCUUAUCUGAUAUUCCUAAGUUUUCUUUUACCCUUCAUGGGAAACUAUAAACAACUGUCUUCAUGUUACCACUAUAGCUGUAUCAGUUUUUCUAAAGCUUUCUUCUGUAUAUAUGCAUCUUAGCUACGUUUUUCUUACUGCAACACCUUUCCAACUUGCACAUCUCUGCAACAGCACUAUUGUGAUUGAAAAGGGGACUAUGUUAUGUGAUCAUUACCACAUUUUUUUCCAAUCUUUCCUUAAUCUCACCUACACAAAUUUAUCUGAAGGUAUGCCUUACACAACUUGCUGCAGUAAGAUAGGAGCUUAUGUGGGUUAAUUACCUUCUAUAGCUAAUACAAUCUUCCUAGAACGUCACAGGUUUAUAUUUGUUCAAAAAGUAGAAACUGCUCAAGUUUCGUUAAUGUUUUUAAAUAAAACAAAAGAACAAUUCAACACAAGUUCUUGACUAAUGAUUCCUCUUGUACUUCUACCCAUCAGUGUGUAAUAGAUAGUAUUAAAAAUAAAAAGGCAAAAAUAAGAAACAAAACAGGUUGCUGGGGAGGAGCAGGAAGGUAAGGAAAAUAACAUUUAUUCAGAGUUUCUUAACAUAUUGAGAUGUUUCUGUAAGCCUUCUGGCAGAUGUUUGUUCUCAUUAUAAAGUCUGUAAAAGUUUAUUAAAAAGGAUGGGGCACUGUUCCUAGCUUUCUGCUGAUGCUCUGGGCAAAGCACAAUGCAAAUUAGGUAUUGAUCCACAGUGUGUAACUCUAAAACCCUGCAGAGCCACGCAGGAUACAGAAACAUUUUUCAGAAUUUGCCUUAGAUGUUCCAACAGUCUUUGGUGCAUGGCCCAUUUAUCUUCUCCUGUGGGAGUAGGGAUCAUUAACAUGGAAACCAGAUACUCAGCCAACAUUCAAGCUACCAUCUCCUAGGGAAGUGUAUUUACAAAGCUACAGAGCUGUGGCAGGGUUUUUUUGCUACACAAAGAUCAAGGAUGAACACAGAACUCUUAACUUCAGCUGUUCUCAAAUCAAAUUUUCAGCAGUGCCUGUGCAACACCCAAGAAACAUUUACUCACGUUCCUCCUUCAGUCAAGAUCUGCAUGGCCAGAGCUUACUGUACAGGCAAGUGUGAAAUUUCACCUGCAUUUUGUGUUCUAAGAUACAUUUAAAGUCAAUGGUGAAGAUGUUUGUUUGGUUGUUUCUGUCUUGUUUAUCAAAAUAAACUGCAUUACCUUAAUCCCUACAAGUCAAACCGUAGAAACUGCCAGCUUGCAUUUCAACCUUUCCUUGAGGCUGACGAUCAAACAUGUUGCAUUCCCACAGUGUGGAAUGGAUGGCAGAGUUUCAUCUCAUCUGCUGUUCACAUCCCAAGCAUACAAGCUAUUUAGAAAACAGUGGUUUUGUUACAUACAGGUUCAAUAAAGUUUUAUGAUACCAAA